CUGAGCCGCGAUGGAGGGAGGCGAGGCUGCGAGCCUGCUGGGGGAGCGCAGCCCGGGGCGGCUGGCCGAGUUCAAGACGUACCGGCGGCGGUGGUUCCUGCUGUCCGCCGUGUGCCUGCUCAACUGCUCCAACGCCAUGCUGUGGCUGACGUUUGCUCCUGUGGCUGAUAAGACAGCUGCCUACUUCCACAUUUCCCUGGAGACGGUCAACUGGCUCUCCAUAGUGUACCUCCUCAUCUCCAUCCCGUUUGGUCUGGUGGCAACGUGGGUUCUCGACAGCGUGGGGCUCCGGUGUGCUGUGAUCCUGAGUGCGUGGCUGAACAUGAUGGGCAGCAUCAUCCGAAUGUUCAGUGUUCUGAAGUUCCUGAGCUUGGGUUCCCGGAGUUAUUGGUACCUGUUUAUUGGGCAAUGCCUCUGUGCGCUGGCGCAGCCUCUUAUCAUCUUUUCACCAACAAAGCUGGCAGCACUAUGGUUCCCAGACCACCAGAGAGCCACAGCAAAUAUGAUUGCAUCAAUGUCCAAUCCCUUGGGCAUUCUUAUAGCAAACCUGUUGUCCCCUGCACUAGUUCCUGAAGGAAAGCACAUUCCAUUGAUGUUGGGUGUUUAUGCUGUCCCAGCAGUAAUAGCCUGUGCUCUAGCAACGCUGGGGAUUCACGAGAAGGUUCCUCCAACGCCUCCUUCAGCCAGUGCCACCAACUCCAACUCUCAGCCGUUCUUCACAGGGCUCAAAAUGCUCCUGAGAAACAAACCAUACAUCAUCCUGGCAGUGUGCUUCGGAGGAGGAAUUGGGAUGUUUACCUGCUUUUCAGCCCUGCUAGAACAGAUCCUUUGUGAAAAGGGGUAUUCGAAUGAUUUUGCUGGCCUGAAUGGUGCCCUGUUCACAGUGUGUGGUUUGUUGGGUGCUUUCCUACUAGGCAUGUAUGUUGACCGGACAAGGAAGUUCAUCGAGUCCACCAAGAUUUGUUUCUGUCUGAGCGCGCUUGCCAGCAUUGUGUUUGCAGUGGCUUCUCGGUUCAGACACCAGGCCGUCAUGUUGGCCAUCAGCAGCUCCCUCUUCGGGUUCUUCGGUUUUGCCAUCUACCCCAUUGCCAUGGAGCUGGCUGUGGAGUGCUCCUACCCCGUGGGAGAGGGCACGUCUACAGGCCUGAUUUUUGUUGCAAGCCAGGUUGAAGGUGUGGUUUUAAUGAUUCUGCUACAAGCCCUCACUGUCCGUGUUUCUGAGGAUCCAUCCUCCACCUGUGCCCUUGACCAGGAUGGAGCCCUGGACUGGACAACUCCGGUGCUGGUGCUGGCUGGCCUCUGCAGUGCCAUGGCUUGCUUCUACGUCGUCUUCUUCCACACGGACUACAAGCGGCUCCAUGCUGAGACAGUCGGUGGUGAUUUGGUCAAGGCAGAAGAUACAGCAACAGCAGAUGUUCCUGAAUGCUAAGCAGGCCACAAAGGGGAUGCCAAGGACCAAAGACUCGGACCUCUGGGCAUGGACCAAUGCUCAUCUGGCACACUGGGAUAUUUGGGUCCUGUUGCACAACAAGCAAGACUAGAGCAAAGGGCACUUUUGCUGUGCACCCCUCAAUCUUGCAUUUAUUUGGGGAUCUGGGCUGAAAGAAAGGCUGUCCUGACAGAAAGGUGAAAGUGGGACUGGACAACUAUGCAACUGAAAUUUUUAUCUGACUUGGUUCAAGCUAAAGAAAUGUUGUAGAGGAGGGGAGUGUCAUAUUUCAGCCAUUUUUUUUGUUUUGUUUUCAUGUACUUGGAUCAAGGGUGAAGGUUUCAGAGGGAUGGGAGCUGUGUCUACCACAAACCCAGUGGUAGUGUUUAAGGACUGUGGUUCUUGUGCAGCGUAACAACUCUUCUACUCUUAGGUUGGAUCUGACUGUGUCUCUUAGCUAAAAGACAGUAGGAGGUAGAGCAUCCUUUCGUUUCAGCAGGGAAGUAUGUGAUCUGUAAUACAAGUCUGUUACAAAGG